GACGAUUCGAUGACAAAGAGAGUGCACGGUAGUCUUUCUUUCUUCUGAUCCGUGCCGAAGAAGAUUGCUCACCCGCGCAAUUUUGAAUUGUAGAAAUUUUUUUUAAAAAAAUAAAAAGAGAAGACAGAGGGCAAUGGUUUAUUUGAUAAUAAAAGGGAAAUGAGAGGUAGAGAGGAGGUGAGAGGUGAGUGGUGCUGGUGCUGGUGCUAAAUUGAUGAAGAGAAAAACCUUAAAGAGAAGCAGUAAAAAGAGAAGAGAGAGUAAUGAAAUGAAGGGCACAUUAGCAAGGCACUUUCAGGUUCAGCUAGGACAAGUCUCUUUGGUUCCUCUCCAGUACCAGCAAUCUUCUUCUUCAGCCUCAGUUUCCAAUUCUUCCUCUAGUUUCAAGAACCUUAUAGAUUCUGAAGACGCCGAUCUACAGUUCCGUUCCUCUUUGGAUAACCCCAGUAUUAAAGAAGUCGAUAUUGAUGAGAAGGAUUUCAUUCUCAGUCAGGACUUUUUUUGCACUCCAGAUUAUAUAACACCAGUGGAUCAAAAUUUGCUCAACAGCUUUGACAACAAGGAAAACAUAUCAUGCCCCAACUCGCCAGAGAAGCUAAACACCACUAAAACCAAAAAACUUCGAUUGGAUGUUAUCUCAGCGAAUCCUAUCAGCCCUACUAUGUCUGAUCAAGAACAAAAUAUAGAGAUUGCAAAAGAUAAUUAUGGUAUAGAUGAAGUGAAAUUUGAGAAAACAAUGGUAACUGACACUCAGAAGCGCCCAAAUUAUGUAUCACUAUCUGCAGUUGCUUUGCGCUGUCGGGUUAUGCCCCCUCCUUGCAUUAAGAACCCAUACGUAAUGGAUGCUUCGGAAGUGGAUGUAGAUCCCUUUGGCAAUCAAAGAUCAAAAUGUGCAGGUUUCUUUUCUACAAUUGUUGGUGGAGAUGGCCUUUCACGGUAUCACACAGAUUUUCAUGAGAUCCAGCAUAUUGGCACUGGAAACUUCAGCCGAGUUUUCAAAGUCUUGAAGAGAAUAGAUGGUUGCUUGUAUGCCGUGAAACAUAGCACAAGGCAGUUACAUCUAGAGGCAGACAGGAGGAAAGCUUUGAUGGAGGUUCAAGCUUUGGCAGCUUUAGGAUAUCAUGAAAACAUUGUUGGCUAUUACUCCUCAUGGUUUGAAAAUGAGCAACUCUACAUUCAGAUGGAACUCUGUGAUCACAGCUUAUCUAUCAAUAAGUCUUCCAAAGCAUUCACAGAGUUGGAAGUGUUGGAAGUCUUACAGCAGAUUGCAAAGGCAUUAUGGUUUAUACAUGAACGAGGAAUUGCUCACCUAGAUGUAAAACCUGAUAAUAUUUAUGUGAAGAAUGGAAUUUACAAGCUAGGUGAUUUUGGAUGUGCAACUCUCCUUAAUCAAAACUUGCCAAUUGAAGAAGGUGACGCACGUUAUAUGCCUCAAGAGAUAUUGAAUGAGAAUUACAAUCAUCUCGACAAAGUUGAUAUCUUUUCUUUGGGAGCCACUAUUUAUGAGCUUAUUAGAGGAUCACCUUUGCCCCAGUCAGGAUCUCAAUUUUUUAACCUCAGGGAGGGGAAAUUGCCACUUCUUCCUAGCCAUUCGUUGCAAUUUCAGAACUUACUCAAGGUGAUGGUAGAUCCAGAUCCAGUUCAGAGGCCUUCUGCUAAAGAGUUGGUCGAAAAUCCAAUAUUUGACAAGGUUCAAAGAAAUCUGAGGAUAUUGCAAAAGCCUUAGUUGAAUUUUUGGGACAGGAAAGUUUUGUACUUUUGGACUGGCCACUAAUGAUUAAAAUACAAUGGCCAAUUUUGUAAGAAAAGUUCCUUUUGCAGUACAUACACCAAAUUUUCUGCCUCAGCAAGGUGUUGUCGUCAAAAGCUAAGAGCAUGCACUUCAAAAGACAUGUAUUAUGGAUUAAGGGUAUGCAAUUCUAUUGAAAUGUCCACAGAAAGUAAUUGGACUUACGUAUAUUCCAAUUAAAAUUGUCAUCUUUGGAAAAGUGUAUAAAUGCUAUAUUCCUUCAUGAUUAACUUA